AUGACUACAGUGCGUACGCUCAUUGCUGUUGCUUCUAAUCAAAAUUGGGAUCUUCACCAAAUGGACGUCAAAAAUGCCUUCCUCCAUGGAGAACUUCAAGAAGAAGUUUAUAUGCAACCACCACCAGGAUUACAUCAUGAUCCAAAUCAAGUAUGCAAACUUAACAAAGCAUUAUAUGGUCUCAAACAAGCACCUCGUGCUUGGUUUGAAAAAUUCUCAAAUGCUAUUCUUCAGUAUGGAUAUAGUCAGAGUGCAUAUGACUCAGCCAUGUUUACUCGAAAAACAGAGAAAGGAAUAGUUAUUCUCCUUCUGUAUGUCGAUGACAUGAUCAUUACUGGCAGUGACUUAAAGGAAAUCCUUUCUUUGAAGCGUCAUCUAUUUUCUUGUUUUGAGAUGAAAGAUCUUGGUCUUUUGAGAUACUUUCUUGGGAUAGAAGUCGAUAAAUCCUUUAAUGGUUAUUUUAUUUCUCAAGUUAAGUAUGCAACUUACAUUCUUCAACGUGCAGGGUUAACUGAUAGCAACACUGUUGAUACACCUCUAGAACUGAAUGUUAAGCUCAACAGUUACGAGGGAAAAGCAUUAUCUAAUCCUACACUAUACCGUCAACUUGUAGGGAGUCUUAACUAUCUUAUUAUUACACGACCAGAUAUCAGCCAUGCAGUCCAUAUUGUAAGCCAGUUUAUGUCAUAUCCAAGAUCAACACACUAUGCUGCUGUGCUUCGAAUUUUGCGAUACAUCAAAGGUACUUUAUAUCAAGGUUUACACUUCUCAAGUAAUUCGGAUCUUCGUCUUCAUGUAUACUCCGGCUCUGAUUGGGCAGGUGACGUUACUGAUCGACGAUCAACCACUGGAUAUUGCCUAUUUUUGGGUAACUCAUUAAUCUCUUGGUUUAGUAAGAAACAAUAUGUGGUAUCUCGCUCUAGUGCCGAAGAUGAAUAUCGAGCUCUUGCUCACACUACUUCAGAAAUUUUCUGGUUACGGUGGCUUCUUCAAGAUAUGGGAGUUAUAUCAUCUGAGCCAACUCCACUCUCCUGUAUUAACAAGGCUGCUAUUCAUAUUUCCCACAAUGAUGUGUUCCAUGAGCGUACAAAACACAUUGAGAUUGACUGUCACUUUGUUCGUCAUCACUUCAAACACUUUACAAUCUCAUUGCCCCAUGUUUCUUCAGAAUUGCAGCUAGCAGACAUUUUUACUAAGACUCUACCUUCUACUCAUCUGAAGUUCUUGGCUUUCAAACUCAAUAUGUGCUUUGCACCAUCAUGA